AACGUGGAGUCAGUAAACCGUAGCGCCUGUUGCUGUCCACCAGCUGCUGCUGUGCAGUAUCACAGCACUCGGUACCCGGUAACGGCAACAGCAACAAGUGGUAACUUACCGAGUAAAUAAAGCCGUACCUGUCACCUCCAGAGUCCGAGCACAGUAACAAAUGCAUAGCUAAUAUAGAGUGGUGACGCUACCGUGUUAGCUACAGAAGCUAGCCGAGCUAAAGAACUACUUCCGUUAUCUAAGGUGACGUCACCGCUGCGUUCUAAAUGUGGCUUUUUAUUGCUGUUUUAAAGAGUUACAAGUGUCGCUUGGUUGGCUACUUGUAUGCUGAAUAUAGCAGAAUAACUCUUGAAUGGUUUCUUUUCUAAUGUGUGUCUGCGUGUUCACAACUGCUCGGCAUCCUAAAAUUGCCUGAUUAUUAAAUGUUCAUCAUUUAAUUGAAUUCAUUGUCAGAAUGUGAUCUCACUGAAGCUCCAUGAACUCUAACACAUCCUGUUUCUCUCCUGCAGUGUGGUGAAACAUGGAUCAGGUGAGUCCCCAUCAGCACCAUACCAUCUGUGUGUUCAUCAGAGAACGCAGUGCCUGUCACCUGUUGGGGUGCAGGAGCUGCAGACACCUGAUCACCGGUUGGUUGUGACAGGAGGCUCACAAAGCUGUGUUCAGAUUGAAGUGUGCUGCAGUAGAGGACAUUUAGAAAUGGACAGGGACAGCAGGACAACUCAUUUUGUGCACUGCAGCAAUAAGACCUAUGUUUAUCUGUGGACUAGCAGGCAGUUCCAGCAGGAGCAGGUCCAGUGGGAGGAUGUGAAUAAACUUCUGCAGCAUCACGGGUUCAAGCCGGUGCAUUUAGCAGAUCCUGUAGAGAAUAAGAAUAUUUCAGAUCUGAUUGUGCUGGACAAGAAGUCGGUCGGUGAGAUCAGGACGACUCUGAGGACGAUGCUCACAGACUCCGAGAGAAGACAGGCGCUAAUCCAGGAGCUCAUCAAGUCCAACAACACACUCAAAGAGGAGGUUCAUGAGCACACGAGUCGAGCGGCUCAGCAGUCUGAGAGGGCCACAGAGCUGGAGGGGCUGCUGGACGGGGUGAGGACCAGAGUCCAGGACCUGGAGGACCUUGACAGGGCCGCCCAACAGCACGGCCACGCACAACAGCUGCAGCGGGAACAACAGGAAGCACGGAAACAGUGUGAGGUUCUGGAGCAGAAGCUGUCUCAACAGAGGGAGGAAGCAGCUGAACUCCAGAGAAAACUACAUUUCACCGUCAAAGAAGAAGAGCGACGAUCGGCUCGACAGAGUCGGACCUUCCAGCACGUCUGCAACAAAGUCAGCCAGCAGAAUUCCCCAGCAGACCAGCAGCUGCUGGAUGUGAUCGACUUCUAUGAGACCAAAAUGACUCAGCUGCUGGAUGAGCUCAGAUCUGUCAAAGGUCAACCAGGAGGAUCUCAAGUGGCUCAUCAGACAGGACUGAAGAAGGACACUCCAUCCUUCAAAACCAUUCUCAAGGAGCAGCAAAUAGGAAGCAAAGCUCAAAUAGAAGAACUGAAGAGGGAGGUGGAGCGCCUGAAGCGGGAGCUGGAGACGAGGCCGUCGCUCAGAGACGUGAAGUUCUACAAACACAAGCUCCGCCUGUUGGAGGGCUCAAAGAAACACAACAACAGAUUGCUCAAAGAAGACGACACAAGUGAGAUCAGUGAGGACACCAGAGACCAAGCCAGGGAGGCCAGUCUGUGUGCCCACUAUCACCACCUGUUGAACGAGAUCAGAGCUGUUGUGGCCAAUCCCAGUGCUCCGUUACGACUGCACAGGCAGAGACCCUCUGCUGGUUUGGACCUGGCCGAGUUUCACACUGUCCUCCCCACACUGGAGGUCUGGGCCCAGCAGAUCCGCCUCCUGAAGGAUCUGCAAAGGGCUUUAAAUCAGUUGACUGCCAGACUGAUGCCCUGGCAGCCAUGUAAUGGCAGCCAUAAUGCUGCAGACGCAGUAACGGUGGAGGACAUGCUGUUGCUGGUGGACACCAUGCUGGAAAACACCUCAGCUGAUGAUGACAAGGUGCUCAGCAGUCCCACUCGAUACACUCUGGGCUCCAUAGUGUCUCACUUCCAGAAGCUGUUUGACGUGACCUCCCUCAGUGGAGUGUACCCACGUAUGAACGAGGUCUACAGCAGGCUGGGAGAGACGAGCAACACCAUGAAGAACCUCCGAGAUGUUCUGCAGCUCGACAGCAGGGUUCCUCCUGCUGAGGUGGUGAACCGGGUGGCCACACUGAUUUCCUCCACUGAGCACACCGCUGGACUCCAAGAUGUGCUGGGAGAUGCUGAUAUCGACAGAAUCAUCAUCAAAGUGAAGCAGCAUGAGGAGUUCUUCCCUGCUUUCCACGCCCUCAUUAUGGAUAUCUUACAGACUCUGGGAGUGAGUCAGCUGGACGACAUCCUUCCAGCUCUGAAGUGUUUGACGCAAACAGCACAAUGACGAGCUGCACUCACUGAACUGGGUGCUGUGUUUAGUUCAAUGUAGUGAUUGAUUUUUUUUUUUAAUAAAAAGUGAAUAUCAGAAUAUGA